CUGAAAAGUCUGAUUGGUUGAGCCGUAAUGACGUUAGAGUCACUCCUGCCGGCUCCUCCAGUCAACAUGGCGGCGGUGGAAGUCAUUGUGGACAACUUGGUGACACUCUGGAGGAUACCAGCCGUCCGACAAAACUUCCACUGGAUAUUUUUACUCAUUUCACUGGUGGGAUCAAUUCUGAAAGAGCUGGAGCUCGUCCCGCAGACAUAUUUCAGCAGUAGCAAAAAUGCCCUGAAUGUGUAUUUUGUCAAAGUGUCCUGGGGGUGGACGUUGCUGCUGCUGACGCCCUUCAUCCUCCUCUCCAACUCCUCCUUCAGCAGAAGUGUGUACUUCCUCAGUCGGCGGCUGCUGUCUCUGGUGGUGGCAACAGCCAUGUGGUACAUCUGCACCGAGACCUUCUUCUACAUCGAGGACGUCACCGGCUCAUGUUUUGAAACCGCUACCAUGGACGUCAUCAACAAGGAGUUCACAUCCAAAGCCAGCUGCAGACAGGCCGGCUUCCUUUGGCGGGGCUAUGACAUCUCAGGACACUCCUUCAUCCUGGCGUAUUCCGCCCUCUUCAUCGUGGAAGAGACGGCCCCUAUGGCCUCCCUGAAGACAGCCAGCCUCUCUGCACUGCCCAGGGUGGUCCUCAACCUGCUGUACGUUGCAUUGAAUCUGAUACUGAUCAUUUGGGUGUGGAUGUUUGCCUGCACUUCUGUUUACUUCCAUGACCCGUCUCACAAGUUGCUAGGGACCAUAUGUGGCCUGCUGGGGUGGCAUCUGACAUAUCGGGUUUGGUAUCUGAAACCUUUGUCACCAGGACUCCCCCCUCAGCGCCACCCAAAAGAACAGAAACAACACGCCUAAGCUGCAGUCAUAUUUUCCUGUACAACAUUGUUGCUAAUGUUACAGCCAUCCACCAAACAACACACUACAGUUGAUGUUAUCUGUCUUCGGGUCCAAGCUGCCUAUGCUAUUUUAAGCUGUUGUAAGUUACUCCCCCCUCACAGAAAGGUCGUUUUGUAUUGGAUGGCUGGCUUGCAGUUCCUCCAUGGUGUUUGGCAGCUGCUGUUCCCAAAAUGACUCUUGGUAAUCUGAGAUAAAAGCAAGACGCUGCUCUGCCCAGCUUCAGCCUCUCACCUUCAGCCUCCGUGACUCGCAUGCUACACUAUUGUCUCCCAGCUUGUUGCCUUCCUGAGCUUUACUCACUUUUUAGAUGUCUGAGCAGGAACACUUGAGAAUGUUUACAGCUCUAGUUGUAUAGUAGAUGAUGAUGUGUAUUUUUGCAUACCAAUGUACAGUAGCUGUUCAGCUGUUUUUAUAGGAAACUACCUUCAGAACAUUUUCAGAUAA